AAUCUAAUUUAUGAACAUGUUAUGAGAUGGCACCUGAGAUGGAGCUAUCUUCAUCACAAAAUAUCCCCCCUGUGGGGGUAUGUUCUGUGAUCUUCAUUUCAGAGACAAAAUUCCCGCGGUUUUUCGUCAACAUAACCAACAUAUGGCAACUUGAAGCUUGUCAUUUUUGAAUUCAUUAAAGUUUCAAAAAAAUUAUAUUAUUAAGUGAAAACUAUAUAAAUCAAGAAUAAUUUGAAGUGUGUUUGGUUUUAUACAAGAUUAAAUCAUGGGGCGACGAGAUUAUGAUAAAGAGAGGGACGUUCUCAAAACAUUUCUUCUGGAGUUUUGUACUCAAAACAGUGAUGGAGUGAAGAACUUCAAGUAUUCAAAUCAGCUCACAUUGCUGGCUCAUCGGGAGCAAAUAGCUCUACAAGUGGAGUUGGACGAUCUACACACCUUUGAUGAAGAGUUAGCUAACGAAAUUAUUGACAACACCCGAAGAUAUACCACUUUGUUAUCGGACAUUGUUUUUGAACUGUUGCCCACUUUUGUGGAAAGAGAUGUAGUGGCCAAAGAUGCCUUGGAUGUUUAUAUCGAGCAUAGGCAAAUGAUGGAGCAAAGAACCAGACGCCCCAAUGUGGUUAGGGAGGCCAGAAAUCAAUUUCCUCCGGAACUAAUGAAGCGAUUUGAAAUCUACUUUAAGGACUUAUCAACUCGGAAAAAUCAACCUAUUCGGGAAGUAAAGGCGGACCAAUUGGGACGACUUGUAACAGUUAGAGGUAUUGUCACCCGAUGCACAGAGGUAAAACCCAUAAUGUCUGUAGCAACUUACACAUGCGACCAAUGUGGGGCGGAAACUUACCAACCUAUCGCAAGUUUAAGCUUCAUGCCAGAAACGCUCUGUCCAAGUGAUGAUUGCAAAGUGAACAAAUCGGGGGGUCGCUUGUACUUGCAGACCAGAGGAUCUAAAUUUGUCAAGUUCCAAGAACUAAAAAUUCAAGAACACAGCGACCAAGUUCCAGUGGGGCAUAUUCCUAGGACACUAACGGUUUUCUGCAGAGGAGAGGUGACUAGGCAAGCCGCUCCAGGCGAUCAUAUUGCAGUUACCGGAAUAUUCUUGCCACUCGUAAGACAAGGAUUUAGACAAAUAACGGCGGGAUUACUAUCAGAGACCUACCUGGACGCCCACAGAGUAUUUUCGCUGAACAAAUCCGCGGAAGAUGAACUCGAAUCAAAUCAACUAACACCUGAACAACUAGCAACGCUGACUGAAGAUGAUUUUUAUAGUAAAUUGGCUUUGUCCAUAGCACCGGAAAUUUAUGGCCAUGAAGAUGUGAAGAAAGCUCUACUUUUGCUUCUGGUUGGUGGAGUCGAUAAGCGGCCUGAUGGUAUGAAAAUUCGUGGCAAUAUCAACAUAUGCUUAAUGGGAGAUCCAGGAGUUGCAAAGUCCCAGUUACUAGGAUUUAUUGAUCGAUUGGCUCUAAGAAGCCAAUAUACCACUGGAAGAGGAUCAUCAGGAGUGGGUCUAACAGCUGCAGUAAUGAAGGAUCCGUUCACUGGAGAAAUGAUGUUAGAGGGUGGAGCUCUUGUAUUAGCUGAUCAGGGAGUCUGCUGCAUCGAUGAAUUUGAUAAGAUGGCAGAUGGUGAUCGUACAGCAAUCCAUGAAGUGAUGGAGCAACAAACAAUCAGUAUCGCAAAAGCCGGUAUUUUGACCUGCCUAAAUGCGCGAGUGUCCAUACUUGCUGCUGCCAAUCCUGCAUAUGGGCGUUACAACCCAAAGAGGACUAUCGAACAAAACAUCCAGCUGCCAGCGGCACUUCUAUCUCGUUUCGACCUGUUGUGGUUGAUUCAGGACAAAGCUGAUCGGGACAAUGAUUUAAGACUGGCCAAACACAUUACGUUUGUUCAUCAAAACUGCAAACAACCACCAGGUCCUAGCGAGGCCCUGAAUAUGUCUGUUAUGAGGAAAUACAUCGCAUUAUGCAAACUGAAGGAACCAGUUAUUCCCGAGGAUCUGACUGAAUUCAUUGUGGAAGCUUAUGUGGAGUUGAGGAAGGAAGCUAGAAAUUCCAAGGACAUGACAUUUACUUCUGCAAGAAAUCUACUGGGGAUUCUGCGGUUGUCCACAGCACUGUCAAGAUUAAGGUUGUCCAAUGUAGUUGAAAAAGCUGAUGUAAACGAAGCUAUUCGUCUCAUGGAAAUGAGCAAGGAUUCCUUAAAUCAAACGUUCGAAAACAAAGGAUACAGACCUCCGAAUGUAAACGAUAAAAUAUUCGCCAUUAUCAGAGAAUUAGCUGGCAGCGAGAAAACCGUAAAAGUUUCAGACGUUCUGGAGAAAUGUGCGUCGAAGGGUUACAAUCCAGAUCAAGUCGAUGGUUGUAUUGAGGAAUAUGAGGAGCUUAAUGUAUGGCAGGUCAACCAGACCAGAUCCAAACUUACUUUUAUUUAAGUGCUACUAUUUACUGUAUUUUAGUGUGUGUUUUGUAACAAUUUUUCAAUAAAAAUUCAGGAAA